GGGAUGAGUGAACAACACUGAAAAUAUUCCUGCAGGUUGAAAAACAGGACAUGAACCUAUGACUUAAAAAGCCUUAUAUAAAAGGAGAAUACCUCUGUUUACUAUACCAAUUACAUUACUUCAUGAUAUUCUCACUUUUGAAUCAAAUUGCUGUUGGACUGACAAUUGUAUCUUCACUAAUGUAUUAGAUAUAUUAAUUAUAUCCUAUUCAAAUGCGAUAGCUGAGCUGAUAGCGAUGAAAUAUCAGCAGCCGAUUAUAAAAAGUGGAUAAUUUUUCUGGAGACUGGUUAUCUUGAAGUGUGUUUGCACCUUGAAAUUGUUGGAUUGGUUAAUGGUCUUAUUUUAACAACAAAAGUGUUUAAAAGGUGAAUUUAUUGACCUAAGAUCAGUAAACAAUUAGGCUAAUGUGUACAAGGGGUUUUGAACUUGGAUCAAAAUUAAUCCAGCCAGUGUUAUACAAUUGCUUACUAAAUAUACUUAAUUAUUAAACUUUUAUUCAGUACACUAUGGUUUUCUUUACAUUGUUAUUUAUAUUAUUUAGAUGAAGCCAAGUCCUGAGGAGAAUGAAGACAAUGACCCACUUGUGGUUAACGUGGCGCCGGGAGGACAUCUUUGAGGUUCCAUUAUACCUGGUGACACAGAAAAAAGCAAGGGAGGUUUCGAAGAUGAGGGACCACAAACAUGAACAACGCCAGAGAGGGUUAGAGGCGGAGUCCACGCAGGACAGGAGGAUUCAGGAGCUGGAUGCUGGUGUGGCCCGGAUACAGAUGGAGUGGGAGUUGUUCCACCAAGAGGUUGCAGACCUGGGUGACAGGCUGGUGGGGCAUCUGCAGGCGCAUCUGGACGCUUUUCAGGAACAACACCAUGGCGUCCCUGUGGGCAUCCAGGUGAAUCUUCCUCGGGAGUUUCUAAUGGAUGUUCCCCUCGGACCCACUCAGGAGACCAGUCUGGAUUGCUCAAUUUCUGAAAAAUUCUGUUUACUCUCCUGAGGAGGCUGAGUCUGUUUACUUGGAUGCUUUCAAGCAUAUCAAGAGGGCUCUAUGGACGCCUGUGGGGAAGCUUGGGCUUCGGCCCUUGACCUUUUUGGAGGAAUCCAUGAAGGUCCCACAGCAGAUCUGCUCAUGGAGCACCCAUGCAAGGCAGGCUCAGCUGGGGUUGGGUCUGGGGAGCACCAGCCGCCUGGAGAGGUUCAAUGGGCCUUGUUAGCGUGUGUUGUAAGUUGUUAUGUUGACUUUAAAGUCAAGUACUUAUUCAAAUAGUAUUAAGAUUUGAAUUGUGACAUAAAUGCAAUAUUAUGCAAACAAAAUUAUUUAUGGCAUUUUACAUUUUUUCAUCUUUAUGAUAAUCCUGUGACACAGGAUUAAGACAAUAUCUCAGGAAUUAGCUAUACGCUCAAUUUAUUCUGGUAUAUAUGUGCCGUAAAUGUUACUAUAACAACUCGAAGGUCGCAUCAAUAAGGCAUCAAAGUCAGUAGUGUUGGCAUUGUUUUUGGGCAGUUCUGACACAUAAGCAAACUAAUUCAAAAUAAUAAUUGUUCUGAUAAUAAAAGUCUGUCACCUCUGACCUUGUUGAUAAUGUAAACAACAAAAUGAGAGCAUUAACCCGCAUGCGCACUGUGAAAUGACCUUUAUUAAUAGAGUCAUGACAUAACUUAUGAUAGUCAAAAAGUCAGCAAUACUUUCGCUUUAGUGUGUGCAGCAUAUUAAUAAUAAUAUCAUUUUUACAUGCACUUUAAAUUAGGGGGACCCAAAUUAAGGUAAUAAAUAAAUGAAACGCUAUUUAUUAAUUGAUAUUUAGCUUUUAGCGGUCAAAAUUUAAAUGUCCCGACGGAAUAACAAGACUUUAAAGUUCAGGUGUCCCUCCCAAAAAAAUUGGUGUCCUCGGGAUCCCGGGUGCCAUCCAAAGCCAUUGUGGCAUUUGUUCUUCAGAUGAGGGACAGGACAAUGGAACAGCACGAGAGAGGGUUAAAGGCGGAGUCCACGCAGAAGGAUAGGAAGGUUUGUACAUCACAUGUGUUAUUAGCUGUUAAGUUCAAUUAAAUGAAAUAGGAUAUAUUCUCAGGGUACAAAACUAGUUUCCAGUAUGCAUGACCUCUUGAUAGUGUAAAAUAAGUGGCAGACUGAUUAGUAAA